GUCUACUCAUUCGGCCUCUUCGCCACCACUAUCUUCGCCAACGCGGGCCAGGUGGUGACAGGAAACCAGACCCCUCACUUCCUGUCUGCCUGCCGCCCCAACUACACCAUCCUGGGCUGCCAGUCCCCCAUGCAGUACAUCACAGAGCGCCGCGCCUGCACCGGGAACCCCUACCUGGUGGCGUCCGCACGCAAGUCCUUCCCCUCCAAGGACGCGGCCCUCAGCAUCUACUCUGCUGUCUACACUGUGGUAGGAACUGGGGGGAAGUUAGAGGGGAAGGAAUAAAGUGUGACACCGGGAAGAAUAGAGAUAUAUUUUCUGAUAUCAUUGUUUUGUGUGAAUGUACUGUAUGUGUCUGUACAUGUCUGUGUGCUUCUGUGGAGGUACUGUAUAUCUAGACUUUAUAUCUCUGUGUGUGCUUCUGUGGAGGUAGAGGGUAUAUCUAGACUUUAUAUCUCUGUGUGUGCUUCUGUGGAGGUAGAGGGUAUAUCUAGACUUUAUAUCUCUGUGUGUGCUUCUGUGGAGGUAGAGGGUAUAUCUAGACUUUAUAUCUCUGUGUGUGCUUCUGUGGAGGUAGAGGGUAUAUCUAGACUUUAUAGCUCUGUGUGUGCUUCUGUGGAGGUAGAGGGUAUAUCUAGACUUUAUAGCUCUGCUUGCAUCUAAACCUCCAUCUCUCUGUGUGUGUCUGCAGAGUACCUUUUAAAUAAACUAUUCCUUUCUGUGUUUGUUUUUCAGAUGUACGUGACGCUGAUGUUCCGUACUAAGGGCACCCGGCUGACCAAGCCCACCCUGUGUCUGACCCUCCUGUCCCUGGCUGUGCUGGUGGGGGUGGUGAGGGUCACAGAGUACAGGAACCACUGGGCUGACGUCCUGGCUGGAUACCUGACCGGAGGGGCCAUCGCUGCCUUCCUGGUGAGGGGACUGGGGAGUAGGGGAUGGGGAGGUGGUGGAAGUGGGGUUAGGGGUGGCGGGGAGGGGAGGGGGUAGGGGUGGGUAACGUCCUGGCUGGAUACCUGACCGGAGGGGCCAUCGCUGCCUUCCUAGUGAGGUGACUGGGGGAGUAGGGGUGGGGAUGAGGGCUGGUGAGCGGAGAUGGGGGUAGGGGUAGUGGUGGGUGUAGGUGUGGGGAUGGGGAUGGGGGUGCAGGUAGGAGAGUGGAGUUGGAGGAAGGGGGAAUUGGGAAUUUUGUGCAUUACGCAUUCAGUUUCAAGUUAGAGCUGCAAUGUUUCAAUUUACAUCACUUUAAAUAACUUGUAUUCAGCAGCACAUUUUUACAGACUUUCUCUCUCUCUCUCUCUCUCUCGCUCUCGCUCUCUCUCUCUCUCUUUCUCUCUCUAUCUCUCUCUCUCUCUCUCUCUCUCUCUCUCUUUCUCUCUCUCUCUCUCUCCCUCUUUCCUUAUAACUCUUUCCUCUCCCUACACCCUCUCUCUCCAUCUAUCGCUCUCAUUCUCUCUUUCUGUCUCUCUUUCCAUCUCCAAUCUCCACCUCUCUCCACCAGGUGUCGUGUGUUAUCAACAACUUCCAGCAGACGGCGUCAGCUCUGCCCCCGCUGCCCCCCCAGCGCCCUCAGCUCCCCCACGGCAGGCAGCUGUCCACCCUACCUCGCGUGGAGAGUCCACUUGAAAAGUUAAGUGGCCCUCAGGUAAGGGCUUGGGGGUCAGAGGGGAUCGUGUUCUCAUAAAAUGAGCCAUCCUCAAAUCUCUUGUAAAUAUGAAUUCAAAUAUGAAUGUGAAUUCAAUUAAUUCAUUUGUUCAUAUUCAUUCUUACAAGAAGGGUCUUUUUUUUAUGGGUCUCUUUUGUUUAUUGGUUUGGUUGCUGCAUGAGUUCUCUCGCCUGGUUAACCCUCAUAUCCCUUAUGACUAACCUGGAUAAAUAAAGUUUGAAUAGAAGAUAUUGUUCAAUAAUGCCCUCCCCUUUUCCAGCCUUUAUGAAACUUGAUCUGUCUAAACCUUGUCCUAUCCCCUCCCAACACAGACCUAUUCCUCUUUAAACCAUGUAUUAUUUCCCUCUUCCACCCUGUCCUAUCCCUCGGUACAUCUAACCCUUUAACACAUUCCUAUCCUUCUUUCCACCUAACCUUGUUCUCUCCUUCUCUCUCCCCUCCCCCAGGUGCCAGGACUACCGUACUCUGAGAUCACAUGACCAUCAGCCAUACCUGUGCCCCGGCCCUCCCGAUGUGCUCCUCCCCUCGCGGCGCUUCAUCUCCAGCGAAGUCUAGACCUGCCCUCCAUCUCCGAGCACCACGCCCCCUGUCCCGCCCCCUGCCCCGCCCACCCUGAGGGGCGGCCCCCUCUCCAACGCUCGUUCUCCACCCAGGUC